AUGAGUGUUCAGUCGGCCCUCUUGCCCUUACUGGUGUUGGGACUCGUGGCGAGCUCGGUGCGCUGCGCUCCUCUGCCCCUGGAUCGACGCUGGGAGACUCUUUACUCGCGCUCUUUGGCUCGGAUUCCCGGGGAGAAGCGAGAAGUCAACCGGGACAGUGACUAUCUCACGGGCAUUAAGAGACUGAGGCGCCUCUACUGCAACGUAGGCAUUGGGUUUCAUCUCCAAGUCUUACCCGACGGUAGGAUUACUGGGGUGCACAACGAAAACCGUUACAGUCUUCUUGAGAUAUCUCCGGUCGAGCGCGGAGUCGUGACACUCUACGGCGUCCGGAGCGAGCUAUUCGUGGCCAUGAACAGCAAGGGGAAGCUCUACGGAUCUGCGCAGUUCACCGACGAGUGCAAAUUUCGAGAGAGGCUCCUGGCGAACAACUACAACGCGUACGAGUCUGUGGCCUACCCGGGCAUGUACAUGGGACUGAGCAGGACAGGCAAAACAAAAAAAGGCAACCGAGUGUCAACAGCAAUGACCGUGACACAUUUCUUACCGAGAAUCUAAACGAACACGAGAAGAAUGAA